GUGAAGUUAACAUAUAGCACAAACAAAUAUGGCGGCCCCCAGGGCAGCUUCGUCCUGGAGGAUUUGCCGACGUUAUCGAGUAUUUUUCUACUUUUGCUUCAUAGCUUUAUCAAUUCAGAUGUUUUUAGGUUAUAGUUUUUAUUCUUUAAAUCAACAGGAACUUGAUAAAUUAAACCGCUGGAAAUCAGAUGUCGAGAAAAUGUUGCAAACAGCUCCUUCACCGAAGUCGACACCAAAUGCAUCAUCGCACUUGAAGCAGAUAUUUGGUGAUAGGCAUCAGCCUGAAACAAAAUUGGGACAAAGUGAAGUUGACAGACAGGUGAGAAAACCUGCAGAUGAUGUGAAUAAGCUAACAGAGGUUGUCAAAAAGAAGUCUGAUUGCACGAAGUUAUCCACGAAGGAGGCAUUGUCAGCAUACUCUAGGGCAACAACAGACUCGUGUAAACAGGAGAUUCUGGACAUUGUCUGUAGCUAUGAGCAACGCACACUUUAUCCAUCUUCACUCCCAAGACUUUGUCAUGUCAAAGGCAAGGAACCCUUUGGUAAAUACUUCGGAUGUUUCAAAGAUAAUCAGAAGGACAGAGAUGUGCCAAACUUCAGUGAACAGUUUCCAAAAGAUAAUUCUCCAGAAAAAUGCACCAACUUCUGUCUGACUGGAAGUUAUAUGUAUGCCGGAGUUCAGUACAAGGAUGAAUGCUGGUGUGGUAACAGUCACGGCAAGUAUGGCCUGCUACCUGAGACGUCCUGCAGUAGUGUCUGCCCUGGUAAUUCCUCAGAGACAUGUGGCGGUUACAACUCGCAGAGGAUCUUCAGCACAGGAUUACCAGAGAAGAAAUCUAUCAAGGCAGAGUUAGUGUAUAACUUUGAUUUAGUCAGGGACCUUACCCGUGUGAGAAUAGUGUUUGUUCUGACGGUGAACGGACGGGCAGUAAGACAGGUCCGCAGACUGAUAAAUACCCUGUAUGAUCCAAAUCAUUAUUUCUACAUCCAUGUAGACAGUAGGUCAGAAUACAUGUACCGUGAGCUGUUACCACUUGAAGAGAAGUUGCACAAUGUGAGACUUUCAAAAGAGAGAUUUGCUACUAUUUGGGGUGGAGCCAGUCUAUUGCAGGCUCAUUUGACUUUCAUGAAAUGUCUCCUUGAAAUGUCAGACUGGCAUUGGGAUUAUUACAUCAACCUGAGUGAGAGUGAUUACCCUAUCAAAACUGUGGAGUCACUGACAGUUUUUCUCACAAGAUACAGAGGAAACAAUUUCUUGAAAUCCAAUGGAAGGGAGACGCCAACAUUUAUCAAGAAACAGGGUCUGAAUUGGCUGUUCCAUGAAUGUGACAAUCACCUAUGGAGACUGGGUAAAUGUGAACUACCACUGGGAAUACAGGUUGAUGGUGGCAGUGACUGGAUUGGUCUGUACCGAGACUUUGUACAGUACUCUUUAACGUCCACCGAUACUCUCAUCACUGGAUUGAAACAAUUCUACAAAUAUACCUUGCUUCCAGUAGAGUCAUUUUUCCAUGUCCUGUUGUUGAACAGUGAAUUUUGUGAGUCAUGGAUUGACAAUAACCUUCACUUAACCAACUGGAAACGUAAACAGGGCUGUAAAUGUCAGCAUAAGAAACAAGUAGACUGGUGUGGCUGCUCACCAAAUGACUUCAAAAUGGAAGAUCUAGACAGACUGCUGACAUACAAAGGGAAAGUUGCAUUCUUUGCAAGAAAGUAUGAGCCAGUGGUAAGCCAGGAAAUAAUCAACAGUGUUGACAAUUUCAUGGGUCGCGAUAUAUCAGAUCUUCCAGGACUAAACCGUUACUGGCACAAUGAUUAUCACUACAAGGAUCAGGUAGACUGGAAGGCUGACCUCUGGUUGACCUUUGCUGGGUCGUUUGUGAGACACAAUCAGCAGGUUCUUGGAUCAGCAACCUCACAGUGCACCAUGUCUGACAUUUUCAUUAUAGAAUCUCAUGUGCUGAAUCUUGCUGAUAGUUUCCACAGAUAUCUUGUGAAAUACAAUGUCACAUUACCAGGGAGAAGUGUUCCUGUGACGUUAGAGAGUCAGUAUAGCUAUAAACAGCAUUAUAGAAUUAUAGACCCUCUUGGACCAAUAGGACGCCUUCAAAAUCUAGAGGUUGGUACAGAUUUUGAUCCGAAAGAACUUGUAUUUAGAAAUUACCCCAAGUUUUUGGGUCCUAACAGUGAAGUAGCAUUACGUCAUGUGUGGGGCUAUGGCACUGAAACAACAUUAUCUGUGGCGUGGAUAGACCCUGUGGGGAUUGUAGCAGUGUAUCAAGAUAUUACAGUGACAAAAGAGACUCGUAUAGAUGCUCAUAAACCAAAGCUUAAAGCUCCUCUUCGACCCGGAGUAUGGACUGUUAAACUGCUGUAUAGGUUGAAAGUCUGUGCGGAAGUUCAGUUUGUUGUUCUGCCAUAUUCUACACAAAACAACGUGCCGUUGACUCGAGAUCAAGCAAUCUCAUUGCAUAAUGGACCCCAAGGGUUAUAUUCUCAUACAAAUUAUAGUGAUUUUACUGAAAAACUCGGCAUCAAAGAUUCUGCCAAGUUGUAUCAGGAGUCUGUGAUAAAUGGACGUAAAGUUGGUCCUGAUUUGGAAGCCUGGAUUGACAAGCUGUCUGCAUUUUCAUGGUCGGUGCAGGACACAUGCUCUGUGUUUGAUUUGGGUCAGAGUUGCCCGCCCAUUGAUCUCUGUGUUAACACAAGGUGGAGCUCUUUGUCACCUGAUCCUAAAUCGGAAAUAUCUCAAAUAAUGUUAAGCAAUUUAAAGAUUUAGCAAUGAUUUGCGAUGUAAUUAUUUAUAUAUCUGUGAUAUGUUCAUAUGAGCCGUGCCAUGGGAAAACCAACACAGUGGCUUUGCGACCAGCAUGGAUCCAGACCAGCCUGCGCAUCCGCGCAGUCUGGUCAGGAUCCAUGCUGUUCGCUUUUAAAGCCUACUGCAAUUAGAGAAACCGUUAGCGAACAGCAUGGAUGCUGACCAGACUGCGCGGAUGCGCAGGCUGGUCUGGAUCCAUGCUGGUCGCAAAGCCACUAUGUUGGUUUUCUCAUGGCACGGCUCAAUUAUUAUACAAAGAUGUAUAAAUUACCUUGUUGGAGAUACAUUUAUAUACAUUUUAUGACAAAUCGAUGUGUCAUUCACAUAUUUGUUCUUAUACCUAAAUAUGGCAUUAUUAGUGUUUUGGAAGGGUUGGAGUUUACAAUUUUGUUUGAUGAAUGAUUUAAGUGUUAUUUAUUUUGUUCUUAAGAAGGAAUGGGAUUUGGUAUGGGAGAUUUUUGAACAUAAAAUGUUAGCUUUAGUCGGGAUAUUAUUGAAUAUAAAAGUUUAGCUUUAGGUCGAUACACUUUUAACAUUACAGUCAAGUCAGAAAUUAUUGCAAGGGAUUUUGCUUAAGUUAUAUUGAAUAACUGUCCAUUUUUGUUGAAAAUAAUACUUGAGAAAGUGUUUUUAGAUAACCUAUUUGCAUGCAAGUGGUUUUUUUCCCCAAAAACUACUUGGCCAAAUGCUUUCAAUCUUAUGCAUGUCACCAUGUCUUUAACGUCAUAGAGUUGAUCUCACAGAGCAGGUUUCAUCACUUUACUUUGGCUUUCAUUUUGUCAAAAUUAUGUCCCUUUUAAAACAGAAAAUUUGUAAAAGUGUAGCAUGUAAGCAGUCUUAGAAACGUGACCAGAUGUUUUCAAACUCUACUCAUAUCUUUUAUAUCAUGAAGUGACCUCACAUGGCAGGUUUCGCUACAAAUAUUCUACCCCAUGAAUCAAUUCACAUUUUAAAGAUAGCCUAUAUUAAGCUUUGCAAAAAUAUCUAGUACUUUAUAACUCAAUAAUUUUCCUUUGAGUCACCAGCUUUUAAGUAACAUUAAUUUUAAUGUGUGUCAUUAUACAGCCAUCCAAGGGAGAGACACAGUAUGACUGCUUAAUGCAGGUGGUUGUUUAAGAGAAGUUGAAAUUAGAACAAAUCUUAACUUGGGAGUCAGCUGACUGACUGCUUUAGACAAGUGCCUGCUAUUGGAGAUCAAAUUAUACAACACUUCCUGGGUAAACUUUAUAAUGAAUCUCUCAUUUUGUUGAAGGAAUGCAUUGGGGAAAAGUUCAGUUAAUUCCUCUAUGGCCUUGGGGUAAAUAGUUUUCACUAUUAACCUGCAGAGUAUAUAGUUUUCACUAUGGCCCUGCAAGCCAUUCUUGCUGUCAUAUCGAUUAUACAUAUGUUACUUUCCUGUGUAACAUCACUUUUACAAAAUGUGAAGAUUAACUGCAGUUGAACCUGCUGUAGAGCUCCUAUAUUCAACAGCCACUUAGUCAGUUAAUUUCUCAGUUGACUUUUUGUUCUAGUUUCAACUUGUCUUGAGCAGCCACCUGUCUUUAGAAGCCAGAUUGUGUCACUCCCUCGGCUGCCUGCUUAACACAAGUGUGGCUGUAAUCACUGUUGUGUGUUGGAAAAUUCUUAAGUGCAGGCUGUUUACAGUUCUAGCUUGCUAAACUGAGAUCACAUUUUCGAUUACAGCACUAGAACAAAUAUUUUGAUUAAAUUCUUCAGUUCACUGUGCAUUUGUUACUAAUGAACAGUUCUAGGUAAAUGUGGUUGUAAGUUAGCUACUAUUUUAUGGCUUUAAGAGCAUGACUUUUUAGCUCACCUGUCACAUAGUGACAAGGUGAGCUUUUGUGAUCAUCCGUCGUCAGUCCGUCCGUCUCGUGCGUCCGUCCGUGCGUCAACAAUUUCUUGUCUGCACGGUAGUGGUUUCAUUUAUGAUUUUAUUUUAACCAAACUUGCACACACCUUGUAUCACCAUAAGAUCUCAGUUCCUUUCUUGAACUGGCCAGAUCCCAUUACAGGUUCCAGAGUUAUGGCCCCUGAAAGGGCCAAAAUUAGCUAUUUUGACCUUGUCUGCACAAUAGCAGCUUCAUUUAUGAUUUUAUUUUAACCAAACUUGCACACGACUUGUAUCACCAUAUGAUCUUGGUUCCUUUCUUGAACUGGCCAGAUUCCAUUUUGGGUUCCAGAGUGAUGGCCCCUGAAAGGGCCAGAAUUUGCUAUUUUGACCUUGUCUGCACAAUAGCAGCUUCAUUUAUGAUUUGAAUUUAAUCAGAUUUGCACAAAACUUGUGUCACCAUAAGAUCUCGGUUCCUUUCUUGAACCGGCCAGAUCCCAUAAUGGAUUUCAGAGUUAUGGCCCCUGAAAGGGCCUAAAUUAGCUAUUUUGACCUUGUCUGCACAAUAGCAGCUUUAUUUAUGAUUUUAUUUUAACCAAACUUGCACACGACUUGUAUCACCAUAUGAUCUUGGUUCCUUCCUUGAACUGGCCAGAUUCCUUUAUGGGUUCCAGAGUUAUGGCCCCUUAAAUGUCAAAAAUUGGCUAUAUUGGCUUUUGCAGCCAUAUAGAGACUUCAUUUAUGGUUUUAUUUGAUACAAACUUCCAAAAUAUCUUAAACAACAAUAAAUCAUGGAUUCUAUGACAAAUCAGAUCCAUUCUUAGGUUCCAGAGUUAUUUUAUAUCUGAUUACCUCCCCUGAUUGUAAUCAAAAUGGAUUUAUAUCAGUAAGUACUUAUAGGACUUAUUUGAAAUUUCAUUAUUGUCAUUAGCUGGACUGAGCCAAUGAGGGUAGAUAACUAUGGACUGAUUUUAUGUCAAAUUACCUCCCUUUAUUUCAAAUUAAAAUGGGUAUAUCUCCGUAACUAAUGAAGAUACUGAUAGGAAAUUUCAUUUAUGUCAACAGAUUUAUUUGGCAGAUCCUUCUUUUGUUAACUUACAAUCAUUUUUAGCUCACCUGUCACAUAGUGACAAGGUGAGCUUUUGUGAUCACGCAGCGUCCGUCGUCUGUGCGUCCGUCCGUAAACUUUUGCUUGUGACCACUCUGGAGGUCACAUUUUUCGUGGGAUCUUUAUGAAAGUUGGUCAGAAUGUUCAUCUAGAUGAUAUCUAGGUCAAGUUCGAAACUGGGUCAUGUGCCCUCAAAAACUAGUUCAGUAGGUCUAAAAAUAGAAAAACCUUGUGACCUCUCUAGAGGCCAUAUAUUUCAAAAGAUCUUCAUGAAAAUUGGUCAGAAUGUUCACCUUGAUGAUAUCUAGGUCAAGUUCGAAACUGGGUCACAUGCUGUCAAAAACUAGGUCAGUAGGUCUAAAAAUAAAAAAACCUUGUGACCUCUCUAGAGGCCAUAUUUUUCAUGAGAUCUUCAUGAAUAUUGGUCAGAAUGUUCACCUUGAUGAUAUCUAGGUCAAGUUCGAAACUGGGUCAAGUGGGGCCAAAAACUAGGUCAUUAGGUCUAAAAAUAGAAAAACCUUGUGACCUCUCUAGAGGCCAUAUUUCUCAAUGGAUCUUCAUGAAAAUUGGUCAGAAUGUUCACCUUGAUGAUAUCUAGGUCAAGUUCGAAACUGGGUCACGUGGGUUUAAAAACUAGGUCAGUAGGUCUAAAAAUAGAAAGACCUUGUGACCUCUCUAGAGGCCAUAUUUUACAUGAGAUCUUCAAGAAUAUUGGUCAGAAUGUUCACCUUGAUGAUAUCUAGGUCAAGUUCGAAACUGGGUCACGUGGGGUCAAAAACUAGGUCAGUAGGUCUAAAAAUAGAAAAACCUUGUGACCUCUCUAGAGGCGAUAUUUCUCAAUGGAUCUUCAUGAAAAUUGGUCAGAAUGUUCACCUUGAUGAUAUCUAGGUCAAGUUCGAAACUGGGUCACGUGCGGUCAAAAACUAGGUCAGUUGGUCUAAAAGUAGAAAAACCUUGUGACCUCUCUAGAGGCCAUAUUUUUCAAUGGAUCUUCAUGAAAAUUGGUCAGAAUGUUUACCUUGAUGAUAUCUAGGUCAAGUUCGAAACUGGGUCACAUGGGGUUAAAAACUAGGUCAGUAGAUCUAAAAGUAGAAAAACCUUGUGACCUCUCUAGAGGCCAUAUUUUUCAUGAGAUCUUCAUGAAUAUUGGUCAGAAUGUUCACCUUGAUGAUAUCUAGGUCAAGUUCAAAACUGGGUCACGUGGGAUCAAAAUCUAGGUCAGUAGGUCUAAAAAUAGAAAAACCUUGUGACCUCUCUAGAGGCCAUAUUUCUCAAUGGAUCUUCAUGAAAAUGGGUGAGAAUGUUCAGCUUGAUGAUAUGUAGGUCAGAUUCGUAACUGGGUCAUGUGUGGUCAAAAACUAGGUCAGUAGGUCGAAAAAUAGAAAAACCUUGUGACCUCUCUGGAGGCCAUAUUUUUCAAGAGAUCUUCAUGAAAAUUGGUGAGAAUGUUCACCUUGAUGAUAUCUAGGUCAAGUUUAAAAGUGGGUCACGUGCCUUCAAAAACUAGGUCAUUAGGUCAAAUAAUAGAAAAACCUUGUGACCGCUCUAGAGGCCAUAUUUUUCAAUGGAUCUUCAUGAAAAUUGGUCAGAAUUUUUUAUCUUGAUGAUAUCUAGGUCACAUGUGCUCAAAAACUAGGUCACUGUGUCAAAUAAUAGAAAUAACGACGUCAUACUCAGUUCAACACUGGGUCAUGUGGGGAUAGGUGAGCGAUUCAGGACCAUCAUGGUCCUCUUGUUUUAAUUACUUCCCUUUUACGUUACUAUAAAUAGCUUGUUUUUAGUAACUUUUUUAUUAUUGACCGUAGGGAAAAACUGAGACCAUUUUUCUGUCGUACAACAUGGAUGGUACCUCCAAUUUUUAGGUGUAUUUUGACAUAUCUCUACCUUGUAAGAUUUUUUUUUUCUUUUUGGUUUAAUUUCUUCCUUUUGUUGUUCCUGGUCUUUGGACUUAGAUAUUUUUUCUGAGGACCUUCUUGUCCUCAAGUGCAAUGAUAACAGGUGAGCGAUAUAGGGCCAUCAUGGCCCUCUUGCUGUGAUGUUUGGGUUGAAUGUAAGAAGCCAAGAUUUCAUUUUUUAUAGUUUAUAAAAUUUAAUUUUAUUGAUUGAAAUUUAUUGAUUGAAAUGUUACUGAUAAGAGCCUUAAUUAGAAAUAGUAUGUUUGAUGUUUGGGUUUAGAAUUCUGUGGGAAAGGUUAGCAAUACCGGUAGAUAGGGAUAUGUAGGUCUUUGUAGUGCUUUUUGGCACCAUAUAACCUAUACUGUGUUGGUGCGCCGUAAAACCCAAAUAAAUAAAUUAUCAUACUUAUCAUUUUUAUAGCCAACUUUGAGACAGAUAAAUUUCUUAUGCACACUAUUCAAAUUUUUUAAAUGAAAACUGGACCAAUUUUGUCUUUUUUCUCAGUGUUCAUGUACUUGUAACAAGUAUUUAAACUUUAUACUGAAAUACUAUGAAAUCUUGAAAAAAAAUUGUGGCACUUUAAAGCAAAGUUAAGGAUUUCAUCAUGAUUUUGCCACAAAUGUUAUAUCCACUUUAACAUAUUUAGGCCCUAAUGACUUUUUCUUUCUUUAAUUUAACUUUUUGAAAAUCUUAAUGGUGUUUACAUGAGAAGCGCCCUUGGGCUCUAGGACAAACUUUCUUGUAUUUGAUUUUAUGAAUGUAAAUAGUCAAAAGCUGAUACAGUCAAACUUCGCUCGCUUGAACUUGACGGGACUGGCAAAAUAAGUUCAAGUUAGCGGUAGUUCGAACCACAGAAAAUUAUACAUUAUACAUGGAUUAUUGUAUAUGGAUUUUGCUGGGACCAGAUGACGAGUUCGAUCUAAGAAUGAUAUUCGAAUUGUCAGAGUUUGAGUGCAGUGAAGUUUGACUGUAUAAUAUUUUGUUAUACCUGAUUUUAAAGAAUAUUUUAGAAAAUCCCUGGUCUAAUAUAUGGAUUUUCAAAUAAAUACAAAAAAAAAUGAGCAGUUGUGGUUUACCAUGCACAUGAUUUUUUUUUCAGAUCAUUUGUUGUUACAUACUUUAAUACCACCUGUGCAUAUAAGCAAUCACAUAUGAUUUACUUUUAUUUGUUAUUUAGUUUGUUUAAAGAUUUCUAUUUCUAUUAGAAUCAGUUUGUUUUUCGACUGUUACAGUAAUAAAAUCAACAUUGCAUUUUGGUGAGGGCUAUAGGAAUUAUAAUCGCCCUAUUGAACAUGAAAUUUAGCCAUUCUCAGUGCCUCUGUGUAUAUUCAUAUUUCUUUGGGUGAACAUUUGUCUUAUCACCCUCUCCAGAAUGCAAUAUUCAAGUAAUAAUGUUUUAGAUACACAAUUUUCUGUAUGUAUAAACUUUCUGUUCUUCUUUAAAAUUUUCUCUGUGUAGUGCGAAACUUUUUAAAAACUUUAAUACUUACCAAAGGUAAUUUAAGCAUGACUGUUUCUUUAUUCAUUUUCUAUGUAUUUUACAUGUACGAUAUUGUCAUUUGUACAGAAAAUUUAAACUCAAUUUUAAAUAACUGUUGUUGACAACUGGGCUGUGUAAAGAACUUUUUGCAUGAAAGUUUCCUUAUAUUCUCCCGCCGAAAUGCGAAGCAGGAUGUAGUAAUGGACUCAGUCCAUCCAUGCAUCCAAUCGCAUAUAAAUCUUUUGUCUGUUUAAAACCCUUUACAAUGAUCAUGGAUAUUGAGAGAAAGUGCGUUGUACAAGAACUGUAACUCAGUCAUUUUGUACUUUUUUAAUUAUCAGGGAUUUUAUUCAAAAUGAACAAAGAAUUGAGGAUAUUAAGAGAACUGCAGUGUACAAGAAUUAUAACUCUACCUUACUUUCUUUCUGAAUUUUCUCCUUUUAUUGUACCCCCCGACAACAAAGUUGUAAGGGGGGGUAUACUGGUUUCAGGUUGUCUGUCCGUCUGGCCGUCUGUCCGUAGACGCAAUCUUGUGCGCACCAUCUCUCCUUAUCCCCUUGACAGAAUUUAAUGAAACUUCACACAAGUGAUCAGUACCAACAGUAGUUGUGCAUGGGGCAUGUUAGGUUCUUUUGGAAAAAAAUUUGCAGAGUUAUGGGACUUUGUUUUUUGUUACUAUACUAUAUACAUAGACACAAUCUUGUGCGCACCAUCUCUCCUUAUCCCCUUGACACAAUUUAAUGAAACUUCACACAAGUGAUCAGUAACAACAGUAGUUGUGCAUGGGGCAUGUUAGGUUCUUUCAGAAAAAAAAUUGCAGAGUUAUGGGACUUUGUUUUUUUGUUACUGUACAAUAUACGUUUGUACAUAGACACAAUCUUGUGCGCACCAUCUCUCCUCAUCCCCUUGACACAAUUUAAUGAAACUUCACACAAGUGAUCAGUAACAACAGUAGUUGUGCAUGGGGCAUGUUAGGUUCUUUCGGCGACAAAAAUUGCAGAGUUAUGGGACUUUGUUUCUUGUUAACAUACUAUGUACAUACAGUCUGCAUAUGCAAUCUUGUGCGUGCCUAAUCUACCAAACCCUUACACAUAAUUUAAUGAAACUUCACACAAGUGAUCAGUACCAACCCUAGUUGUGCAUGGUGCAUGUUACAUUCUUUUAGAUAAAUAUUCUGCAUAGUUAUGGGACUUUGUUUUUUGUUACUAUACUGUAUACAUACAGUCUAUAUACAUACAGUCCACAUAAUUAUGCAAUCUUGUGUGCAUCAUAUUGCAAUGUACUGUGUCAGUGUAUGCGGGGGGUACAUUCAUCACCUUUAGUGAUAGCUCUAGUUUAAUUUACUCAUAACACUGUCUGGAGCAUAAGUACAAAACUUUUACAGCAGGGAUAUAUCUUAAAACACAAUGACAGAGGACAUUAAAAGGAAGUGCAGCAUACAAGAACUGUGACUCUGCUUUACUUCUUGAAUUAUCUCCAUUUAAAUUUACAAUGUACUUGAAAAUGUAGAAUGCAAUUCAUCUAAACUUCAUGAAUGUAUGAAGAACAAUUAAGGAAUCGCAUUACUUAAACCAUAACUUUUGCAAAACAGUAGUUCUUGAUAACACUGUGUCUCCUCUGUAUGAUUCAUUGUUACAAAAUAAUUCUGCUUUUUGCAACCUUAAACUGUUGACGAGGUAGUUAUCCUUUUUGGUCACCUUUCACACAGCACACUUUCUUCGCCGUAUAGGAUGGUCAUGUCAAACAUGGCUGUUGUUGUCCUGUUGAACUUACAAUAUUUUUAUGUAGACUUGCAGCACUUCAUUAAUUUGUUUACCACAUAUAGUAUACAGAAAAGUUAGUCUACCAAGUUAACUACGCAAAAAACACACCCUUUUCUUCUUACAUGCAGCACGUUGCCAUGUUUUCCUAUUAAAGCUGCAUGCAUUAGAUGUGGGAGAAUUUAUUCGAUAUUGAUGUUUUGUAUUUGGGGUUUAUAAAUGCUUUUGUAUCUAACAUUUUGGUAUUUCUCCAAUACUCAUUUUUAUGCCACCGCUAUUAAAAAUGGUGGGGAUGUAUAUAGUGUUACCACUGUUGUCCGUGCAUAUCUGUGUGUGUGUGCAUGAAAUCAUGUCGGGCCAGUAACUUUGUGCACUGUUGGAUUUCGAAAUGACUUGGCAUAAAUAACCUUCAUAAGAAGAUAAUUGAGCCGCGCCAUGGGAAAACCAACAUAGUGGCUUUGCGAACAGCAUGGAUCCAGACCAGCCUGCGCAUCUGCGCAGUCUGGUCAGGAUCCAUGCUGUUCGCUUACUGUUUCUCUAAUUGCAAUAGGCUUUGAAAGCGAACAGCAUGGAUCCUGACAAGACUGCACGGAUGCGCAGGCUGGUCUGGAUCCAUGCAGGUCGCAAAGCCACUAUUUUGGUUUUCACAUGGCUUGGCUCAUAUUAUGUUACAGUCAAGGUCACACUUAGGGGUUUAAGGUUUUUCGUGUCUGCUUUUGUUUGUACAUUAUAUUGUUAUAUUGUAUAUUAAGAUGGAUAAGGACAGUCACAUUUACCAGAAUAAGAUGAUGUGCUUAGGGCAAGACUUAGACCUUUAAAUCAAAUGUCAAGGUCACACAACCUCUAAAUCAAAGGUCAAGAUCACAUGACCUCUGAACAAACAUCAAGAUCACACGACCUCUGAAUCAAAGAUCAAGAUCACAUGACCCCUAAAUCAAAGGUCAAGAUCACACUUUGAUAUUUUAUGUCAUCUUUUUCUGAACUAUAACUUUUAUAGGCGUAGAAGAAUAUUCUUGUGCAGGCUAUAACUUCAGUAUACAUGUUCUAUUGUCAAAGUGACAUUACUCAUGGGACUUUCACUUGGGUGUCUGGUAGCAUCAAACAGUGGGGGCAUCUGUGUCCUAUAGACACAUUCCUAGUUUUCAUAUUAUAGCAUUAUAAUUCUAAUAUUGGUACAUGUAUAUAGUGGUACUGCUAGUUAAAUUAUAAUUUAUAUAAUCAACAACUUUUCUGUCUUUUUUUGUUUUGUUUUUACCUCUGCCAGAUUUUGACAUUAUUUGAAUGAAAAUUGGACACAAUAUGUAAUGAAUAUUUUACUAUUAUAAUAAAAUGUAACACCAGUAAAUAUCAUAAGUAAACUCAUUUAACAUUAACAGUUACAAUAAGAUAACCCUUAAUCCAUUGUCACAUUAUCAGUACAUGUAAUUCCCAAAGACAGCACUUUGAAUGUAUCAAAUUUGAAAUUCAAAUUAUUAUAUAAUGAUUUUAGCUGCUUUUAGGUGAAAUGGAAUGUCUAUCAGUAUUUUCCAUAUCAUGUAAAGUUCAUAUUGCCACUAAUUUCACGCGACUUGGCACCAGAAAGUAACUUAGCACUGAUAAUUUUCAAAUUUACUCAAAUGAACAAAAUUUUAUUAGUGAAAAUAACUAUGCAACAGAAAGAUGAUUGGCUUUGCAUCGAGAAGUAGUCAUCCAUGUUUUGCAAUGUUUCUAGAUACGAAUCUGGUAUAAUAAUAAUAUGAAUCUGGUAAUUUGAUAAUCUAAGAGCAUAUUCUAUCCCUUGAAUAUGGCUGGCUGCAAAUUUCUCUUUAUCACACAGAAUGGACUACUUUCCUCAUAGCGCCCAGCACCAAGUUGCAUUCAUUUUGUAUGACUUUUUAUAGAUUGGUCGUCUUAUUGCAACUGUCACGGCUCUGUGAAUUCAUGCCUAACUGAUAUCCUUGCUAUGUUUUAUUGAAGUUAACUGAUCUUUAUUCAGUUUGUUUAACUUAAAUGACUAUUGAAUAGUAUGUCAAAUUUUCAUUAAAAUAUAACAGUAUGUGUUAAAGAAUUCAAAAUAAAAAAUGAAGUGUGGUGUUAGAAAAGUUAUUGAAUAGAUUAGUUAGGAUUUACACUUCUAAUAAGCGGGUCAUUUGUAGAUAUUAAUAGCUACCUUUAAAAUUAUGCCUUUAAUAUUUCGCCACUGUAAAACAUUCAUAUGUUGUAGCUUUUUGCUCUUUUAAUCAGUUUACAAAUUUUAUCACAGACUUAUACUAUGAGAAUAAUACUGAACUGCUAUUCAGGCUCCCAAGUUUACAUGUUUCAACAAGUCAGUGUUGUGUUUGACUGGUAAAGGACUGAUAAAAGUUUAAAAAACUUCCACCCAGUUAAAAGAAAGUCACUCAUCGAAAUAUUGAAGUCUUUCUCCAGACGGAACAAGUGUUUUCCUGCCUGUUAAAGGUAAUAUGAAAUUAGGUGCAGCCUAUCCAACAGGAAAACCCAGUCUGAUACUGCACUGUUGAUAUUAUUCUUUCUUUGCUUCUGUUAUGAAACCAAAAAAUGCACCAGAGCCUACCAUUUACAUACCUAUAUUCAAAAACAGUCUAGGGGCAGAACCCCUAAUUCCCAUCAUGUCAGCGCAUUUUGAUGAUGUAUCUGCAAAUUAGCAGAUCCAGGAAUCUUGGGAAGAAAUGGUGCUUACCUAGAAAAUAUUCACAAGCCAGUCAGUAUGUACACAUAUGCGCGACAUAUACCCGUGUACAUUAACUACUGUAUAUUGCUAAAUUUGAUUUGAACAAAAUUAAUUGUUCCUUUUUACAAUGGAAUUGCGUCAGAAAAUGCCAAACAUAGCACAGAAACUUUAAAGCGCCAUGAACUUGCAAAAAUGUUACAAAAAUUACCUUGAAUUUAGGAUAUUUUUACCUGUUUAUUUUGAACAAAUAAUGCAUUUACCAUUAUUGGUUCCCAUUAUAGAAAAGGAAAAGCAAUUCAGAGUCAUCAAUGAAGGCAAUAAUUGAAGGGUUGGUUCAUAAUAUUUACAAAACGUGGUAGCCUCAGCUGCUAUUUCAUUUUCAAAUGAUUAAUUUAAAGUAAAUCAUGUUACAUUUAACUGCCAGUUAUGUUUGUAUUAUCUGUAGUGUAGAUAAAACCUGUCUCGCAUAUUGUAACUUUAUUAAAAUCCUCACAGGCAGAAAGCUGCUGUUAUUUUACUUGAAAUAUUACUGUGUUUUGAAAGAUUGGAAUCAUUUAUGCAAGUACAUGUAUAUGGAAUAAAUACAAAUCAAGAAAGAACAGGUUCUACUUCAACUGAAUCAUCUGUAAAUUUCUAAAAAAAAAAAAUAAGCUGGUUACCAUAUACAUUAGAUAUUUUAAGAAAUCAGUAAAUUUUUAAGUCCGUUUCCUUAAAAUUUGCAUCUUGGAAAUAUUUUUGUCAUCAAGUCAUCUUUUCUGCCUUCAAAGACACAUACUUAAGAAUUAUUUUUGAAGGUAAAAUGUUUGGGAAAACAGUAAAUUUUAAAGAUACAGGCCUACAUGUAGUUCUGGAUGAAAUUCUACAAACUUAAGGUGAAAGUUUUAAUCUAGCAUAAUAAGCUACCAACAGACAAGUUUAAAGGCUUAUACAAACAUGCGCAACUACCUUAACAAACAGUAACCAGUGUUAAUCUGUUUAGAUUGAUUUAAAAGUUUCCUACAACGACUUAUUUGUAACCUUAUUUAUAUUAGCUUUUAAUAAAAUGUUCUCACAAUGUU